AUGCGCCAGUCUGGUCUCAACGUAUCAGUCGCGGCGUUGUUGCUGCUGCAGCUGGUGCUGCUGCUGACAGUGGGCGCGUUGGCCCAACAGCACGACUUUCCGCCGGAACAAGUGAUUGUCAACCUCGACCUGCCGCCCAAGCAGCGGUGGACCCAGGUCGCAACAAAGUACAGUGCGCAAAUCCAAGCCACUGUCAACUUCCUCAAGCAGCUGAUUCCGAUGCACGACCUCGUGCUGCCCGUCGCGAACGUCAUUGGCGCCGACAUUGACAACUACCUGCCAAUGCCGUACUCGGACGAGAUCCGCGGCGUUGCUGAGGCUGCGCGCAUCACGCUGGGCGAGGCUGUCCUGUGCAACAUUAUCUACGACAUUACCAGCUUUUGCACGUCCAUUGUCGCGCAGAUGGGCAACGGCACCAUCAUCCACGCCCGCAACCUCGACUACGGCCCGCUGCAGGGCGUGCUUCGCAACAUGACCAUCGAGGUCUUCUUCCAGACGAACGGCAGCACCCUCUUCUACGGCACCACCUUUGCCGGCUACACUGGCAUUCUGACGGGUGUCCGCCCCAACGUCUUUGGUGUCACCAUCAACGAGCGCGACAUGGGCAACAUUCUGGAGAACGCCCUGCAGGCGCUCCUCAAGAAGGAGGCUGUGCCCUUGUCCUUCAUGUUGCGCGAUGCGCUUGCCAACGACACUGUGACCUUUGAGUCUGCCGUGCGCUUUUAUUCGCGCACCCAGCUGAUUGCGCCCGUGUACGUCAUUGUGAGCGGCACUCAACCUGGUGAGGGCGUCGUCAUCACCCGCGACCGCCAGUACAUUCUUGACAUUUGGCGUCUGGAUCCCGCUGCACAGAGCUGGUACGUUGUUGAGACCAACUCGGACAACUGGAAUCCUGGCCAGGACAUUCGUCUCGAGACGGCGCACAAGUCGCUCGAUGCGCUGGGCCCGAACGGCAUCAACCCGUAUUCCAUUUACCAAGUCUUGUCCACCGCGCCAGUGCUGAACAAUGGCACUGUCUACACCACCGUGAUGAGCGCGUCCCACCCCGAGUGGUUUUCGACGAUGGUUCGCCUGGACAUUCCUCCGUACCCGUAG